AUGAAGUCUACUUUUGCUCUUUCGGUGCUCCUCGCCAUCGUGGCUUCGGCCUCGGCUACCGCAGUCAAUGCCAACGAGAAGCGCGGCGUACCCCACGCCCCUCGCAAGCUUUACGCUCCUACUCGCGCCGCUACGGCCAAGAGGCAGACCACCUCCGCCACACCCUCUGCGGAUACCUGCACCACCGGCCAGCUCCUGUGCUGUGACGAGCUCACAGCUGCUGACAGCCCCGAUGCGACCAAUGCGUUGGCUUCCAUCGAUGUAACAUUGACGUCCUCCGAGGAUGUUGGUCUAGGGUGCUCCACUCUUACCACUGACGGGACUUGCGACGGUACCCCUGCCUGCUGCGGAGGUACAAUCAAUGGUGCUGUGUCCAUCGGUUGCGAGGCCGUUACGCUUGCCCAGUGA